CAACAAGUGUUUGUUAUUAUAAUAAUUAUUGUGAUUAAUAAUAAAAAUUUAAUCGAAAUUUUUGUAUAAGCACAAGGAUAGAAAUAUCCUUCGGUGAUCGGAUAUUUGAAAUUAAAAAAAUUGUGAGAAUAUAUAUAUAUAUAUAUGUGUGUGUGUCAGUGAAAUAAGAAAUAAGUGCGUGUUAGUGCUGGAGAUGAAGGAAAGAAACUCGUUACUGAAUUGAAGGGAAAGAACACGAAUACUUGAUCAUCUGAGAAAGAUCAUCACCAUGGCGCCCCCAGACAGACAGAGACCGCCUCGCCCUGGUUCAGGUCUCAGCCUUUCUGUUCUUGACUUGGCGCAAAUUCGUGCACUGGUAGAAUCAACGGGAAUGCUCGGUGGUUCGACUUGUCCAUCCUGCGAGAUGCCCUUCGACAAAGGGAAAAAACGACGACUGAUCGAUUCCUGCGGCCACGAGAGAUGUUAUUCCUGCCUUUUCCGUAGCGAAGCUUGCCCACUGUGUUUGCGAGCUGAUCACCACCAACGUGCCGAUCUCAAUGGCGACGAAGAAGAAGAAGAGGAAGGCCUUGAAGAUGGUGCUGGACCCUUUGGCGAGGAGUUUGUUGGUUCUUCGAUCGAACCAAUGUCUAACUUUUUACUUAUGGACGGUGGUUGGAUCGAUGACUCAUCCACGGUCAACUCUCUUUGCGGCAGCCCAAGACCACGCACUAAACUCACCACCUCUCGUACUAAUUUACCGCCCCGAACAAUUCACCAACGAGACAACCUAGCUACUAGCAACGUUUCUCCCGGGGAACUUGGUAAAAGUUCAAAAAGUAAAAUGAACUCCCCACUGAACUCUCAUACUCGACAGAAACCUCAAAUGACUCAGAGUUGCCCUACACCACCUAAUCAACGAAGAAGAUUCUUUUUGAAUCCAAAAGUAUUGAGAAGUUCCUUCGGACCGCAACGAUCCUCGAGACGUGGAACGUCCUCACCUGAACCACCAACGACUGAUAAUCCUUCCGCGUUAUCAGCAUGGAUGGUAUCAUCCUGGGAAGGAAAAUCAAGAUGGCCAGGCCUCGUAUUAGGAAAAAUCAAAUCGUUAUGGAGCAACAGUCAAGGAACAGCAAACGAUGGACUUAAUCAACUAAUUGAUUCUUCCAAUAAACUCGCAGGCAGGAAUUAUUCUUACGAGUAUGACGAAGGUGGUUGCGUCAAACCGUUGUCCUCGAAAACGCGGAAAUCCUCGCAAUCGGAUCUUUACAUGAGACUGGGUUUAUUGCUUGGUGGAAAUCAUCAUCAUGGUCGAGAGAAUUCAGUUGUCGAUACAGCGAAUUAUUUUCCUGGUGCAUCCAAUCGUGUUGCUGCUACUUCUGUGAUUCAAAGGCCACCGAUGCAAGGCCACGAUAGUUCGGCAGCUUCCUUCAGCAGUUUAACGAGUUUCGAAACGCAAACUUUGGCAUCAACCAACACUAGUCCAGUAUCAACGUUGACCGGUACUUCGAGCGAGACCGAAGCUGCUGCCGCUUUACGUAGCACAAACAAACCUAAAAGCAAGAUCAAAGGAAAAAGUAAAUCGAGAGAUUGCGACAGUGCCGGUAGUUUGGUUUCGAUCUCAACGUCGGCAUCGGCAUCCACGUCGAUGUCUAUGUCGAUGUCAGUUUCCGUGUCCGGUCUUUCGAACGGUAGUUCGAGUCCACUCGCACCAAGAAGACAUUCCGUUAAUGCCUCGCAAACGAACCAACAACCCGAGGACGUCGUAAUCCAAUUUAAAAACAGACGAACGUGCGUCAGAAGAUCGGCCAGGGCUAAUAACGUCAAGGGAAGCAUCGACCCCAAAUUACGCUUCGUUCAGCAUCAUGCCACACAACUGACACUCAAGCCACUAUUCUUUGAAGUUCCUUUACUCGAAACGGAGCCGCUCUUUACAGGACGUCUCUGGCUCCUCCACGAAAUAUUAUCCGUGAUAAACAGCUCGAGUCCUGGUAUUUUAAUAUCCGGAUCACCUGGUACCGGUAAAACGGCACUCGUUUUACAACUAGUAGAGCACAGUUGUUUUGGAAGGCGACGAGUGCAACCGGUGGUGGUUCCGCCGGAAAUCACUGAAGAAAUCGAGGAAAGAGACAGAUCGAAUACUUCGAUCACUCUUCAAUCCAAUAUAAGACGUACCAAUGAAAAAGUUCGAGAAUUAGCAUCUCACGUCGUGGCCUAUCAUUUUUGUCAAGCUGACAACAAUAGCACUUGUCUAGUACCAGAUUUAAUUCACUCUUUAGCUGCACAAUUGUGCCAGGCACCUCAGUUGAUUGCCUAUAGAGAGUAUCUCUUAUCCGAACAACAUCUACAGGGUUCCUUAUCGCAAAGAGAAUGCACGGUAGAUCCGGAUCUUGCUCUUUCAAGAGGAAUCAUCGAACCGCUCUUAACUUUGAGGAAAGCUAACAGAUUGCCUGAAUCUACGAUGGUAAUUCUCAUCGAUGCCGUUUGCGAAGCAGAAUAUCACAGACCGGACAGAGGUGAUACAAUAGCGUCAUUUUUAACAAGACACGCGCCUAACUUCCCUAGUUGGCUGAAAGUUAUCUGUACGGUUAGAACACAAUUAUUAGAAUGCGGCAAACAACUUCCGUACACGAGGAUUUCUUUGGAUAAAAUUUCAAACGAUGUUGCCGGUAACAACGUCACCAAGGAUUUGUCCGAUUACAUUGGCUAUAGGCUAGCUCAAAGUCCUUCAAUACAAACAAACGUAACUGCAUCCGUCAACGGAAAGACGGAAUCAUCUUGUAGCGCUAAUCAAACAAGGUUCGCCUCGCAUUUGUUGUCACUAGCGAGAGGAAGUUUCUUAUUCGCUAAAUUGACACUUGAUCUCAUCGAAAGUGGACAUCUCGUUGCGAAAUCAGCGAGUUACAAGGUUCUACCAGUUUCCCUCGCACAAAUCUUCCAAUUGCAUUUCAACCUGAGAUUUCCUACAGCGACCUCGUUCGACAAGGUCCAACCUCUCUUAGGCGUGUGUUUGGCUGCUUUGUAUCCACUGACACUGCCAGAAAUUUAUUAUUCCAUUAAUUCACUAACUACCAAUCACUUCGUUUCGUGGGAGGAUUUCAUGCAGAGAUUCAAGAUGCUCUCUGGCUUCCUCGUGAAACGACUAGACGAUACCUACAUGUUCUUCCACCCUUCAUUCAGGGAGUGGUUAAUGAGAAGAGACGAAGGCGAAUCAACCAAAUUUCUUUGCGAUUUGAGGCUCGGUCAUGCUGCUAUUGCAUUUAGAUUAUCUCGUCUACAAGCACCAUUAGAUGGUGAAAAAGCUUUGGAACUUGGACAUCAUGUACUGAAAGCUCACGUUUACAGAGGUGUCGCUCCAUGCUGGCCGUCACGCGAUUUACAAGCUAUCUGGCUAACUUCAGCUACGGAAUGCGUUUCUGCAGCACUGUGCACGCUACGUAAUAUUUAUAGCCCAAAUGUAAAAGUAUCAAGAUUGCUUCUGCUGGCAGGAGCAUCACCGAAUCACAUCACAGAAUAUUUAGGCAACGCACCUGUUCUUUGUAUGUAUGCUCACGAGGGUUCAGUCGAGAUGGUGUCCCUUCUUUUGGAAUUUGGUGCUGAUGUUGAGCUGACCAACAGUCAAGGAUGCACUGCCUUAUCGCUCGCAGCAGCACGAGGACACUGUGAUGUCGUUAGAAGAUUAGCUGCAGCCGGAGCAUCGCUGGGCCACGUGGACAUGGCAGGACAGUGUCCAUUGGUUCAUGCAGCAAGACACGGUAAAUUAUCCGUAGUUGGUUAUCUUUUGGCAUGCGAUUGGCUCGUUCCCAGCGGUGGGAAAACUGUCGAAAACGGAUCGUCAGAGAUACGAAGGGAAGAAGCUGCGCAACAAGCUGUUGUAGCUGCUGCUGCUCAAGGCCAUGAGUCAAUAGUCGAAUAUUUAUUGGACAUGGCUGAAGUGAUAGUCGAUUUACCGGAUACGUUGAUCGGCGAAACUGCAUUGACCGUUGCUGCAGCAAAUGGUUCAACCACAACAGUGUCCGCACUUCUUGCUCGUGGUGCAAGCCCAUUAGCUGUUAACGCAAAAGGUCUCUCACCGUUGAUGCUUGCCGCAAGGGAAGGCCAUUGGGGAACUGCUGAAAGACUUCUACAAGGAACGUUAUCCAGUAGCACGGACACUGUGCUCGAUGAUGCGUUAACGCUUUUGGAUCAACGCGAUUUAGCUGGUCGAACUGCACUAAUGUUGGCUGCAUCGGAAGGUCAUAUUAAUCUGAUCGAACUGUUCUUUGAAAAAGGAUCCGUACUCGAAGCUAAAGACAAAGAAGGUCUUACUGCUCUCUGUUGGGCUUGUGUCAGAGGAAGACUCAAUAGUGUACAAAAUCUUCUUGAUCACAAUGCUGACGUUAACACGAGCGACAACACUGGUAGAACUCCUUUGGAUUUGGCUGCGUUUCAGGGUAAUCCAAAACUCGUCCAAUUGUUACUGGAAAAAGGAGCAGCCAUCGAACACGUUGAUCUACACGGCAUGCGACCAUUGGACAGAGCAAUUGGUUGCCGCAACAUACCAGUUGUCCAAUGUUUCUUACGACGUGGUGCAAAACUUGGACCAGCGACUUGGGCAAUGGCAGCUGGCAAACCAGACGUCUUGUUAAUACUGUUAAAUAAACUUUUGGAAGAUGGGAACGUACUUUAUCGAAAGAGUCGUUUGAAAGAAGCAUCACAUCGGUACGCCUACGCUCUGAAAAAAUUUCCAGUCUCGCCUGAGGAAGAUUGUCAAGGACAGGAACAGAAUCACAUGAUGCUGCAGCUACAAAGUUUUGCGCAAUUGAAAUUAAACUUCUUGCUGAAUCUGAGUCGGUGCAAGCGAAAGAUGAACGAAGGAGCAGAGGCCAUUGAACUUGCCGAAGAAGCUCUCAAAGUUCGAUCAACGUCAUACGAAGCUUUUUAUGCUCGAGCAAAGGCCCGUGUUGAUCUUGGUUUGUUUGAGGAUGCCAUGUCUGAUGUACAAGAAGCGCUUCACAUAGCACCUGCUCAAAAUCGACAAGAUCGUCGUGUUUUAAUAGUUCUCAGAGAUGAAAUAUUAUCACGAAUGGACGAGGUUAACACGAACAAGGAAUCCAGUGAUUGCAAUAAUCGAACGCGUCUUCGUGCCUCCGUCGACACGCUCACGGAAUUAUAAAUUUUUAAAUCAUCAUCUUUAGAUUAAUACGUGAGCUAUUUUUUCUUUUUUUUUUUUUUUUUUCUUUUUUUUCACAGUGGUAUGAGUCCAUUUAUUCUUUAAUUGAAAUAUAUAUUUAAGGGUUGCGCCACAAAAGGGGCGUAAUGCGUCGUGCGCGUGGUUGUCUUAUUUUGUUAAUUUAUUUAUAUUUAUUUGUUUAUUUUUAUUCGUUAAAAGUGAUUAAAGAGAGUACGUUUGUUUUUUAUAUUGAAAUAUAUUUAAGCGUUUUCCCGCGUUUGAAAUAAUGAAAAAAUAUCGGCAAACGAACAUAAAUGAAUUUUUUAUUUUAAACAAAAGUUAUAUGCAAGUUUGAAAACAAAUGGCUCAUAUGUACUGUAAAUUCGAAAAACCCGAUAAUAGCUUCGUCGAAAACGAAAUCCAAGGAGUAUCGGUUUCUCACACUAUACGAGAAACGACGUUAAUUUUAUAUGAAGAGAAAAAAAAAGAAAGAAAAGGGAAGAAAGAAAACUGAGUGUGAUUUAUUAACUUAUUAAACAAUCUGAAUAUUAUUAUUUUAUUUUUUAUUCGCUGCACGUGUGCACGCGCGACUCGUUUUUAUUUUUUUAUUAUUUUCGUACUGAUUUGAAUUCAUAUUUAUACGUAAUAAUAAAUCGUGACUGCUGUGUUCCUUCUAAUGCUGGAACUGUACAGCAAAUACAUAAUUAAGAGUACUACGAUUUAAGUUUUGAUUUAUAAUAAAUGGAGAAUUUUAUUAUAUCUAUAAAAAGUAUGAUGGGGUAAACCAGGGAGGCAUCUUCAAGAGGAAGUUCAGCAGGACCAUGUACGGGAUCACGCAACUAAAUUUUUAGAUCGUCAAAAUUCGUGUAUAGUAUGUCAAUGAAUAAUUAAUGAUAGUGAAAGAGUAGUAAAGAAGGGGGGUUGCCGAGUAGACAAAUUUUAUAAACCUUGAAGUAAGCAAAUGUAACAAUUAUUAAAAAAAAAUGAAAUUUUAUUAUUUAAAAUAAUUGACCGCGCGUGUGUGUGCGUAAAAGAUGAUUCGUGCACGCAAACUCAUAACAUAUUAUAUUAAAAAGAUAAAAAAGUAAUGAAAAUUGGCGUACGUUGCAUCCAUCGUAAUAAUAGUAAUAAUAA